CUGCGCGCAAAGAAGGCCUGGGAGGUGGCACUGGCGCCGGGCAAGACGCUGCCCAUGCAGAUGUUCAUGGCGUGGAUGUCGGGCAGCGGCGUCUCGAUCUUCAGCAUCAUCAUCAUGGGCAUGAUCUUCAUGACGCCGCUAAAGUCCAUCAUGUCUGUCAAUGCGUCCUUUGCGCCCCUGGAGCGUCUGGGCAAGGGCGGCAAUGUCGCUGUUGACCUGAGCAUGCAGAAGGCUGCCUUCAUUGCUAUCAACAUCGGUGGGGUGCUGUUUGGCGUCUACCGUCUCAGCAUCAUGGGCCUGCUGCCCACCGCUACCUCCGACUGGCUCGCCUUUGUUCCCUUCAAGCACUACCUGGAGCUGUCUGCAUAG